AUGAUGGAUAUUGAUCGGCCACAGUCUCCUGGAACUGGGAGUCCGAGCUCUUCUCGGCCGGACACUCCUCUUGACAGCGAAGCGGGAACACCCACAGUCGAAAUCACCGAAACAGUAUCUAUCGUUGCCGCUGGCAAGGUCCUGGGAGAGGCCCAAGAUGAAGGAGACGAAUCCAAACCUGAGUCUCCUGCCCCUGAGAUCAUCAAUCCUCGUGCCUACCAACGAGAGAUGCUGGAGCAGAGCCUCAAGAAGAACGUCAUUGUCGCUAUGGACACUGGAAGUGGAAAAACUCAAGUGGCUGUUCUUCGCAUCCAAGCUGAACUGGAGAGAUGUUCGCCGAACAAGAUUAUUUGGUUCUUAGGGAAAACAGUCAGUCUGUGUGAACAGCAGUACAGCGUUAUAAACAGGCAAAUGCCAUCGGUGUCCAUGAGAUUGCUUACUGGGCAACUCAACAUUGAUGCGUGGUCACCAAAGGUUUGGCCUGUGAUACUUGAAGGAACUCGCAUUGUCGUUUCGACUUUUGACAUCUUGCGUGAUGCCCUUGAUCAUGCGUUUGUCAGGAUGGAUAUGCUUGCUCUGAUCGUAUUCGAUGAGGUCCACAACUGCGUCAAGAACAGUUCUGGUAGGAAGAUCAUGAUGAACUUUUAUCAUGAGCACAAAAACGCCGGCCUGCCGGUGCCAGGUAUCCUGGGGUUGACGGCCAGUCCGGUUAUUUCAUCAGACAUUGCCGAGAUCGAAAGGCUGGAGAACACAAUGGAUGCGAUAUGUGUCACACCAACAGUCCACCGAGAACAACUUCUGAAGCAUGUGAACAGGCCCCAUCUUGUUCGAUCACUUUACGAAACAGAAAGGUUCCCAGCCCGCACUGAGUUGAUGCAACAACUACAGUCGGAAUACUUGAGAAUGAACAUUGCACAGGAUCCCCAGAUUGUCAAGCUCAAGUCCCUCGCCGUUAAGAACGCCGAGUGCCGAAAGAAACUACAGGAUGCCAUUAUGAAGCAUGACACUUUCUCUCAAAACCAGAUGAAAGGACUAUGGAACAAGAGUAAAGAUAUUCUUGUUGAACUCGGCAGUUGGGCAGCAGACAGAUACAUAUCGCAACUGAUCAGAAUGUUCCUCGAGCGAUUUGACACCCCCGACACAUUUACUGAUGCAUGGUCAAACGAAGAUAGGACCUAUCUUGCGGGACACUUACGUCAAAUCACUCCCAAGCCAAUCGACACCGUACCACCGACUACUCAUGACCUCUCCCACAAAGUCAACAGGCUGAUCCAUGAACUUCUUGCAGCUGGAAAUGGCGUUGUGGGCAUCAUCUUCGUCAAAGAACGAGCUGCAGCAAACGUCCUUUGCGAUGUCUUAAGUUACCACCCGGCCAUUCGAGAACGAUAUCGUGUUGGUUCAAUGGUCGGUACAUCUAGCUUUGGAACCCGGAAAUACAACAUGUACGAGUUUGCCAACAACGCUGGUACCCAAGUCCUGGACGACUUUAGAUCAGGCGCCAUCAAUCUUCUUGUGGCUACUAGUGUUUUGGAAGAAGGCAUCGACGUUCCAGCAUGCAACCUAGUCGUGUGUUUCGACGAGACUACAACUCUGAAAUCUUUCAUCCAACGACGAGGCAGGGCUCGCAUGCAGGAAUCCAAGAUGAUUGCCCUGGAAAGAUCGAGUGCAGGUCCUCGUGCGUGGGAAGACCUGGAAGAAGGAAUGAAGAAGCGCUAUGCGGACGAUCAAAGAGAAUUGGCAAGGCUGGAAGAACUGGCAAGAUCCGAACCAACAAGUUCCAUUUACUACAUUGUCAAGAACUCUGGAGCAAGACUAGAUCUUGAGAACUCCCGACAACAUUUGGAACACUUUUGCCAAAUUGUAUUCCGCUCAGAUUUUGUCGACCGGAGACCUGACUAUGUUUUUCACAAAGAAGAUCCUGGGUUUGGGGAGCCAAUCUUGAGAGCAACGGUAACAUUACCAGCAGGCUUGCCGCCCCAUCUACGCAAGUUUCGUAGCGCAUGUGGAUGGAAGUCUGAGAAGAACGCCAUGAAAGAUGCUGCGUUUCAGGCAUACGUGGCUUUGUUUGAGGAAGGACUUGUUAACGAGCAUUUGCUACCCAUUAGUGCUGUUGCCGAGAAGGUUGAAGAUAUUGUGGAUUUGGAUGUCGAGCCCCUUUUCAACCCAUGGAUUCAAAUCGCUCAGAAUUGGAAGGCGAAUGUUGACAAAUGGGUUUACUCUUUCGAAUUCAUGGAUGAGGAGUCUACAACCCCUACCCGGUUCGAGAUUGCGAUGCCAGCUGAACUUCCGCAACCUCGAGAUAUCACGAUACAUCCUAGAGAUGGGUCCACGUGGUCCGUUAGAUGUGUUGCAGUAAAGCAGAUCUCCCAUGACGAAUCGACCAGUCUGCCAGACCAUACAUCAGCAUUGUUGGCGAUGAACUUCGGGCAUCGCUGGCCAGUGGAGGAUUGUAGCCAUGUGGUAAAGGUCAUUCAUGAGAAGAAAGACCUCUCACGAGAGGACAUUGGCGCACUGCCCUUCCAUGGCAGGGAAGAAGCGGCCGCUGAGCGCAGAAUACUUGUGCGAGACCUCCAACAAUCCCCCUUUCACUACGUCAAGACAAUACCGUUCAAGCCUGUGUUCGAGCAAGUGCAGCAUCCGUUCUAUGAGUACAACGCCGCACCUGAGGAACAGUACCUGGUCGUUGAACAGUGGUCACGCAGAUCAGAUUUACUUCAUGUUAACAAAGGGGGUGCGACGAAGAUCUCAUCUAAACCGUACGGUCGGGUUGUUCCUAUUUCAUGGGCGACUGUCGACGGGGUCCCAAGGCGAGUCGUUAAGUUCGGCAUGCUGAUUCCCUGUAUCAUUCACGAGUUGGAGGUCCAGCUCAUCGCAUCGGAGUUGUCGUCGACACUACUAGAGCCAGUGGGCAUUUCUAACUUGCAGCUGGUGCUCGAAGCCAUCAGCUCUCGCAGUGCUGCUGAGCCUGUCGACUACGAGCGGCUCGAGCUUCUAGGUGAUUCGAUUUUGAAGUUUUGUACCGUCAUCCAGGCCUAUUCAGAGCACCCUUUCUGGCCAGAAGGUCUUUUGAACCACUUUAAAGAUCGACUCGUUUCCAACACACGACUUCACCAAGUUUGCUUAGAAAAAGGCCUUUCAAAAUUCAUCCUCUCCAAGUCCUUCACUGGCCAAAAAUGGAGACCCCUAUAUCUUGACAAUUUCUUAGAUGCAGAUUCAGUCAUUCAGCCUUCAAGAUUUAUUGGACCCAAGAAUCUUGCUGACGUUGUGGAGGCACUUAUUGGAGCAUCUUUCCGGGAUGGGGGGAUGACCAAGGCUCUGAAAUGUAUCACAGUCUUCUUGGGCGACAAAUGCAAUUGGCAUGAAGAAAGCGUGGGGAGAGAUAUACUCUUUGGCACGGCUCCCGACGACGUACAGCUUCCUUCUCAUAUGGAACCCCUAGAAGCAAUGAUUGGAUAUUCGUUCAAGAAGAAGUCCUUACUUCUGGAGGCAGUAACUCAUGGAUCAUAUGCAGCAGAUGCGCAGCAGCGAUCCUACGAACAACUAGAGUUUCUUGGAGACGCCGUCCUUGACUACAUCGUUGUCACUAGGAUGUUUCAGUUCAACCAGGCGAUACCCAACAGUCGCCUCCACAUGAUCAAGACAGCAAUGGUCAACGCAGAGUUUCUUGCCUUUACCAACAUGGAGCAUGGAGUGAGUCGAACAGACGUGGAGGUCAAGGCGGGUGGAGAUUUGGGAUCUACUGAGGUGCAAUUACGCCUCUGGAAGUUCGUGCGGUACAGCUCGCCAGAGAUGAGCCAGGUAUUGAAACAGACCGAAGUCAAGUACCAGGGGCUACGGGAUGAAUUAGUUGCGGCUGUGAGAGACGGUACGCACUACCCAUGGGUUUCGCUCGCACGACUUCGUCCAAAGAAGGUCUACUCGGAUCUCUUCGAGUCUCUUCUUGGUGCAGUGUGGGUUGAUUCUGGGUCUAUUGAAACAUGCGCGGGUGUUCUUCACAAGUUUGGAAUCCUGCCUUAUCUGGAUCGCAUUCUUGAACAGAACAUCCAUGUUCAGCAUCCCAAAGAAGAGCUCAGCCGGUUAGCCGUGAACCAGAAGAUGUCGUUCGACUACACGGUGAUUGAUGGGCCUGAGCCGGAAUAUCUUUGCAAGGCGAAGAUUGGAGAUCGGGUGGUGGGAGAUGUGAGAGGCGCAUUGAAUAAGGACGAGGCUAUGACUAAGGCUGCGGAGCAGGGAGUGAGGCUUUUGAAUAAGGAGAAGAAAGCACUAGAAGAUGGCGCUGAUGGCAUGGAUUUAUCCUGA